AUGCCUGUGGAACGUCAAGCCCCUCAAAAGCGCAGGCGACUGCCGUUUAACCCACCUCGUCCACGAGCAUCCGCCAGCGCAGGUCCGUCUAAUGCAGCACCGAAAUCGAAAGCAGCAAAAACGAGCUCGAGCGCUCGUACCUCGACAGGGUCAACAUCGAAGAGUACGAAAAAAUCAGCAACAUCCCGGAAACGUGCCACUUCCCCUCUCGCCGUGCGCUCUGCCUCGCCAGAAUCGGCAUCAGGUUCGCAAUCAGCCUCCGAAUCAGCAUCUGGGAGCGCUACAACUCCCGACCGGGCACGGUCACCCUCGCAAGAACCGGAUUUUAUCCUCGCUGAGAUUAUUGGUCCUGGAAACGGUGAUGAUGUUGACUCGAGUGAACCGGCCAUUCCACCGAAGCUGCUAACCAGACUGUUGCACCAUCACUUUCAAAACGAGAAGACUAAGAUCGCGAAGGAUGCCAAUGUUGCAGUUUCAAAAUACGUGGAUAUCUUUGUAAGGGAAGCUGUAGCCCGAGCGGCAUAUGAAAGAGCGGAGGGGCAAGGUGCUGAGGGUGGCAGAUCGAUUGGCGAUGGAUUUCUGGAGGUCGAAGACCUGGAAAAGAUGGCACCGCAAUUGGUUCUGGAUUUUUGA